UUAAAACAAGUAAAAACCUUUUUGUUUUUGUAAAAAUCCUUACCCAAAUGAAUGUUACUAUUUUGAAAUGUACUGUCGUACAGAAAACGCGCUUUUCCUGCUUCAGCAUGUGUGACGACACGAGCUGUGAUUGGUGGAGCAGGCGCGGCGAAAGACAACCAUGAUAUUUGGCGCCAUUUGUGGAAAACAAUUCGGCUUAACAGAAACGUACAUUAUUAGAGAAAAUGGGCUUUGGGAAAUUGUUUUUUAAUGCACUUUUGAUGCCUUAAAUUUCAUUUUCACGUAAGGCGGGUUUUGGUGGUCGGUUAAUACCACGCGUUACGCUUGUUAUUCGUCAGGUUUAGCAUGUAUUCCGUUGUUUGAGUGUCGUUAGAUAGUUUUUUAUUGUGUUAAAUUCAUCAUUUUCUUUAUUUUUUUCUAUUCACUUAUUACUUUUGAAGUUGGCGGACUAUGUUGCAACGCAUCCCUGAGGGAAAUACAAAAAACGACUAAAAAAUUGUUCGGCCCUGAUCAAUGCCUGAAGAUCUUUAGGGGGGAAACGAUGGCUGGGGUCGUUGCUAUGGCAGCUGUCAUGGAGGAUUUUGAGAGUCAGCCAUGCAAGAAAGUAAGGAAGGAUGCAGAAACACCACCUGUCAGAACCAUAACUAACUACUUUUCACCCAAGCCAGUGGAAAAACCAUUCUCGCCACCACGAUCCAACAACAUUAUGGACUAUUUCAAGAAGACCCCACCAGCACAGGAGAUAAAAAGCUGCUCUAAGGUAACUAAAGAGAAUUCCCCACAACCAUCAGAGCAAGUUAGUAGUCAUGAAAUCCCAGGCAAACCUUUAAGAGCAAAGGGGCUCAAGCGAACCAGGAAGACCAAGGAGAUAAAGAAGUCCAAUGAGGAGGAUGCACAAGUGCCCACUGAUGAUGUUAUCUUGAUAGAGAACCAGAAAGAUCUUUCGAUAAAGGAAAGUGCCAAGGGUAUUGACACAUCGUCUGAAGCUGUUCAUGAUGGCUCUUUAGAUAAACAAUUAGGUAAGAAGAAAAUUGCUACAGAGGCUGAUCCAAAUGCUAUGAAGGAGACCAUGGAAAGUUGUGACCUAAGCAGAAAGAAAGAUUGUGGGAAUUCUGCUCUUAUUGAUCCUACAGAGAUGAAGGCUAAAAACAAGAAAUCUACCUUAAGGAGAAACCGAAAGGCAAAGGGUGGCUGUGAAGAAGCAAAGCAGUGUGUAUCUAAUGCUCAAGAGUCUGACGAGCCCGUAUGUGAUGCUAAAUCUGAGGAAGAUGCGGAUAAGACAUCCGUGCCGAACAGCACUGUCACAAUAUCAUUUGAAGACUUUGUGCUUAAAGAGAGCCUGAAGGAGGAUGAGGGCGAUGACAUUACCAGCUCUGACAGCGUUGUUCCUGAGACAUUGGGUGAUGCUAACGCCUGUAAAGAUCAGAGUGAAUCUGCAGUUGUUCCUUUGCAGGUCUCUCCUCGAACUCUCACGGUCCAGGCUGAGGUGCAUCCCAUUUCCCCGGAUCAGGAGUUGGUUAAGGUUGCCAAGGAUUUUAAAGUAGCAUCAAUUUUCAGUAGAAACAAAUGUAAAACAAAAGAGAACAAGACUUUGGCUGUUCUUAGCCCAGAGGUUAAACCAAAUGUAUUGCCUGACCUCAAAAGGAAAUCUAAUGUUGUUAUUCUUGAAGAAGAUUUGGAGCUUGAUGUGGUGGAGUCAAGCACCAAUCCCAAAAGCACUGAGGCAGAGAGAAAACAGUUCAUGAAUGCCUUUAAACAACCUAGCCUUGAUGGGUUUAAAAGCAAAACCAACAAAAGCCAGAGCAAGCAAAACCAGAUUGAGACCAUGGACAAGGAGCAUGAAGAUACAUCUCUGGAAAGCAAAUCUGUGACCAGCCCUGAACAGACUGAAGAACAGAAAAACUGUCCUGGGGAUAAAAAGAAGCCAGAUAGGAAGCCUGGGAAAAAGAGACAAGCAAAGAUGGAUGAAGAUGCACCUAAAGAACCCAAGGAAGUUACGAAAGAGAUGGAGAUUGACAAAGAAAGUAGCCCAGCUGAAGAUGAAGGCAGCAAACAGACUGGCAGAGAGCUGAGGAGGUCAUCCAGAGAUCUUUCACACAGACAGUCUGCAACUGUGCUCAAUACAAAUUCAACAUCCCAGAAAGUGAGACAAAAAGGUAAACCGAAGGAUGACGUGACUCAAAAUACACCCUCCGUUGCCUCCACUCCAAAAGUUCACAGGCUCAAAAGGGGCAUUUAUAAAGCUGAAAUGCUGUGCCCACCAGACAUGAAAUGCAGCCCUAUCAGGAUGAGAAUCACCAGACUAUUACCGUCGUCUGCCACCAAAGGCGGAGAUUUUGAAAUAUCAAGCCCUCUUUCAACACAGGAGAUAAAUGCAGAGAAGAAAAGAAAACGAGCUAAAAAGCUGGUGGAAAAAGCCAAAGCUUUACGGCAAAGCAAAAAGGACACUACUAAGGAAAACACAACUCUACGACGCUCUUCAAGAAGCAAAGAGUCUAGCGUAAAUUACUGUGAUGAGGACUCUAUUGUAUUUAUGGAGGAAAGUAAAAGCACUCCAGUCACUACACAGGAAAGUGGCAAAAGCCAGAAGAAGCUCCGUAGUUUAAAUGAGGUUUUGGGGAAACCUCAAAGCAAAGCUUCUACUAAACUGGCUCCUCUGUUUGUUGAGAAAAAGAGAGCAUCAGGUGUCAUCUCCAUCUUUGACGACAGCAGUCGAGAUGCAUCCGAGACCUCGCAGGAUGAUGAACAAUUCCGAGCAAAGAGAGAGUUUUUGAAGAGUGGCCUUCCCGAGUCUUUUAAAAAACAGAUGGCAAAGACUGCUGCCAGCAGAGAGGCUUACAGUCAGGCCUGUGCUUCAUUUCAAACAGUGGUUCAUGUCCAACAGACGGCCACAGAUCUUUCUAUCUGGAACCUUCAGUGGCCUACAAAUCCUUUACUCAUUCGUUUGAAAGAGUCUUAUGAUUUACCAUCUCUACCACUGAUUUCUUUGGAGAAGUCUUUGGGUCAUAUUACAGUUCCAGCUAAGAGAACAUUAUGCCAUCAGGUUUCUUCCUUUCGGAAAGAGAUAUCCGAGUCUGUCAGACAACAUCUUCUCGAGGAGAUAAAGCUCUCCAAUCCCUCUUUUCCUCACCAAAGGUUUUUCACACGGUUUGUUAAGAGACGUGAAGACUACAACCUCCAGGCCUCAACCCCAGAACCUGAGGGUGAGUCUAAAACGCUGUGCUCCGCUGAAUCUGAUGUCUUGGGAAGGAAACGAAAGCGUGUAGAUGAAGGAGAGGGAACCGGCAAAGUAGUAAAGAAACCAAAGUCCAGUCACACAGAUGAUGAGGUUAUUGUGAUUGAACCAACUGGGAAGACAGGUUCUCAGGCAGCACAGGACAUCCCUGAACCAAUGCCUUCUAAAAGAGGUCGAAGAGGUCGAUUACAGCGACAGAAGCAGAAGGAAGAACCCCAGCCUGUGAAGUCGUUAUCGCCUGUGGCAAACCAGAGUGCCUCUCCAGGAGUUGUCGGCACAGAAGAUGUAGUAAAGGAAGAUGUGCUUUGGACAGAGAAAUAUCAGCCACAGCAUUCCAGUGAUGUCAUCGGAAAUAUGGAGUCUGUCCGGAAGCUACACAGCUGGUUGAAAGAGUGGAAACUGAGAGCUGACCGAGAGGAGAAAAGGAAACAGCAGGAAAAGCAGCAAGAUGAUGAUGCUAACGAGUCUUGGCUCAUGAGUGAGGGACUGGAGGAUAUGGAAGAUCUUAUGUGUAACACUCUGCUUAUCACUGGACCCACUGGAGUGGGAAAGACUGCUGCAGUCUAUGCAUGUGCUCAGGAGCUGGGAUUCAAGGUAUUUGAGGUGAACUCCUCUUCUCAAAGAAGUGGUCGCCACAUCUUGUCACAGCUGAAGGAAGCCACUCAAUCCCACCAAGUGGAUAUCCAGGGUGUCAAUGCCCACAAACCAUCGUACUUCAGCAAUUAUAGCAGCGCUAGUGUCAACACCAAGCCUGGAAACUCUCCCAGGAAGGUUAACUCACCCAGAAGGGUUGUAUCAUCUCCCAGGAAGCCUCCCCAGUCUCCUCGAAGUGCUCCAUCUAGGAAAGGAGGCUUAGCUCCUACAUCUCUGGCCAGUUUCUUUAAAGCAGGUGUAAAGCCUGCUGGCAAAGAAGUAAACAAAGAGGACAAGAAAGCACAAACUGCAAUGAAGGCAUGCCCGAAGAAAGAGACUGUACAGAAAGGAAAACAAGGUUCCAGUGAAGUACCAACAAGCACCAAGAUCACUACUGAAGACCAGGGCAAGAGGACUGCUACAUCUCUCAUAUUAUUUGAGGAGGUGGACAUUAUUUUUGAUGAUGACACUGGGUUCUUGGCUGCAGUAAAAACUUUCAUGACUACAACCAAGAGACCAGUCAUUUUAACAACCAGCGAUCCAGCCUUUGGUGCUACCUUUGAUGGGUACUUUGAAGAAAUCAAUUUCAAAGUUCCUUCAGUGACAGAUGUAUCCAGUUAUCUACAGCUGCUGUGUUUGGCAGAAAACAUGAGAACAGAUGCCAGGGAUGUAUCCUCUUUGUUGGACCUGAACAGAUGUGAUAUACGUCAAAGCCUUUUGCACCUGCAGUUCUGGGCCUGCAGUGGUGGUGGAAAGCAGGUGCAAAAGCCUCUACCUACCUCAGAUAUCAAGUGUGCGGUUGAGAGUGACAUUCAUGAGUCUGUGAAAGCUGAGGAUCUGUGUGGGGAUAGUUUACCACCCUGCCACAGUGCUUGCACAGAAAGUUUGUUGGGGAUCCGGAAUUUAGAAACAGACAAUGUUGAAGAAUUGUUGCUGAAGAAUGAGUCUUCAGUACUUGAAAGCAUUAAAUGCUGGGAUCUUCUCUCAGAGGUCCACAGAAGGGGCAUUAAUCUUCUUUAUUCAAAUAUGGAGAGUCUACUCCCUCUGCCCACCCCUCCCAUACAGCCAUCCACCUUCAGAUCCCAACCUGCACCAAACACACAACCUCAACCCGAGCACAUUUCUCAGACCCUGAGUUUAGAUCUUCUGGAUGAGCCCUCUGAUGACAGUAGUCCUCUGAAAUUGUCUUCCAGAAUGAGGGGAAGAAAGAAGCUCAUCGUGGGCAAUAAAGAUGUUUUCCAUUCUGACUCGGAUUCAGAAAAUGACUUCAUCUCACUGCCUAAACCCAGUAAAGCUCUUGCCCAAAAGACUAAAAGUGAACCAGCUGAUCAGUCUGCGACACAAGUGUCUGAAGAUGUUCCAGUUAAACCGAGGCGCGCUGUGUUAACUGAGGCUGAGAGGAAGAAGAGUGAGCCGGUGUUACAGUGCUUAAGCAGCUUAGCAGAGUAUAUAGAUAAUAUGUCCUUCCUGGACUCCUCUCUUCACUGUCAGCCCUCGCAGGCCGAGGGAAUCUGCAGACUACGGGACUUUUGCUGGACCGGUGCAGAGGUCAAAAGUGGGAUGACUGAUGAUGUUCGGUUAGAGUGUGCAAGCCAGGUAACUGGGAUUGGUGGGGAAGACAUCCACGCUGUGCUGGGACACAUGAGCUUUAGUAAGUGCAGGGCUGCUGUCUCGAAAGCGUGGGACAGAGCACAACACCUAGAAGAGGACAUCAGAAGAGAUGCAGAGAUGGAGCUCAGCCUUCCUGUGGCUUCACACAGACAAGGCUUUAGCCUUGCUCAAAAUACUCCCUGUGAACCAAGGGUGGUGGAGAUGAGAGGUGAGGUGAUGCGGUCAGUGCUCUCCAACAGAUCAGCUGGAACCCUGGGGAACCGAACAGCAGUUUCUCUCGACUAUCUGCCCACUCUGCGUGCCAUCUGUAGAUCAGAGAAACUAAAGGAGCAGGGGAAGAUCAAACGCAGAUUCUUGCACUAUUUGGAUGGUAUUCACUUCACUCUUCCUAAAAGCACCAUGGGGUUCCUGGCAUCAGAGUUUCCUUAAAUUGCACACCUCUUUAAGCAGCCACUUAAGGGCUGCUGGUAAAUAUGCAUUUGUACAGUAAUAUAUAUAUAUAUAUGUGAUACUCAGAUGAAGUGUGUGGCUUCAUGUUCUCUUAUGGACAUUUGUACUAUUUUUUUUAUUUUUAUGAAUUUGCCGUGGCACAUUAUGAAGAUCAUUGUUCUGUCAUUUUCUAGAAUUUUAAGAAAUAAAUUUGCUAUUUGCCAGCAAAUGCUUUUGCCUGUAAAGUGAAAAAACUGUAUGUGAUGGUGCUGUUAAAAUGUGUGUACAUAUUUGCCUUGUUCAUUUGAUCACUGUGUGGUUUAAAAGACGUGGAACUUAAAUAGUCAAUUUUAUUUUGGUUUUUUGAAACUACAACAAUGAAUCUCAAUUUUUCACUUCCCCAGUGAAACCAUCGUCUAAAUUCGGGCAGCUUUUGAUCUACUUAAUAAUAGAUGUAGGACAUUAAACUCAUACCCAUUUUUUUGAACUAGUAAAGACAUUGCCUUCAUUUUUUUGUAUGUUAUCACAAUGUAAAGUAUAAAGUUGCAUGACUGGACUUACAUUUGUUUUCCUGGAAACUUUACCUCUUGAUGUCUGCUACUACUGCAACAUUUGUCAUAAUAGUCAUAAUAAUCAAAU